UGUCAUCGCAUGGGGACACGUGAGGUAACCACACAUGUACGUUGUCCUUAUAGGACUCGCAGAAAUAGGAGGAAGAAGAAGAACCUGUCCCAUCUGCAGCCUCGCGCACUGUAUGCACAUAGCAUGUUGUCUCUUUACACACACAUGCACACGCACGCUGCAGGUUUAUAUGCUCUCACAUGUACGUAGUCUACACCUUUAAGUCUGCACAGUGCACCGGGUUCAUGUGUCCCUAAAGGCGCACGGUAGCCUGCGACAGAACCGUGUGUUUCGCUGCGGCCGGGACAGUGUGCACCUCCAGCUCAGUGAGAAAUAAACCCCUGCCAGGUCCCGCCAACAUGUCUACGUCUUUAAAAAAGAAGUGCACACCGAGCCGUGCGUGAUGUCAGGCAGCUCGCGGUCCGCGCACUGUUCAUGUGAGUGCGCCCUGCGUUCACUUCCUGUAAGGGGACAGUGGAGAGAGAAAGAGAGAGUGGGAUAGAGAGAUGGGAGAGAAAGGGCUGAAGAGGGAGAGAUAGAGGGAGAGACAGCGGACGAGAGGAAAGCCAGGGGCCUGCUCUUUCCUUUUUUCUUCCCGUCUUUGAAACACCCAGCAAACUUUAGAGGUCUAUCCGGAGGGAGAAGCGUGUGCCACAUCUGCGCCAGCUGACAGCCGCGGCUCAUGGAAUAACCACAUAUCUGAUGCCUCUCUCAGUGGCAGAGUCUGCAGUGAAUAUCUGAAGCCCCCAUCUUCAUCUGCCUCUCUGCCAACAUGUCCCAGCUGCUCCAUGUGGAGAUACCCAACUUUGGAGCCACGGUCCUCGGCUCCCUCAAUGAGCAGCGCCUGCUGGGACACUACUGUGAUGUAUCCAUCCUGGUCAAAGGUCAGGCAUUUAAAGCCCACAGGGCCGUUUUGGCUGCCAGCAGCCUCUACUUCCGUGACCUCUUCAGCAGCUCCACCAAGACCCAGUUUGAGUUGCCCUCCUCAGUCACACCUGCUUGCUUUGAGCAGAUCCUCACUUUCUGCUACACAGGGAAGCUAACAAUGGCAGCUAGCGAACAGCUGGUGGUCAUGUACACAGCUGGCUACCUCCAAAUUCAGCAUAUAGUUGAAAGAGGCAUGGACCUAAUGUUCAAAGCCAACUCACCUCACUGUGACUCGCAAACAGCAGGGUCCUUAGAGGAAACAUGUUCCGAACCACAGAGUCCCUCUAAUAAUGGUAACGGCCUGGCGGUGGCCGCUCUGCUGGGAACCCCUGGUUGGUCUCAAUCCUUGCUCCUGUCACAGCGUAAGAUUAAACUAGAAGGGGGCGAACCAACACCCCUGACGAUACCCUCAAUACAAAGCAAGAUUUCGUCCUCGGAGUUGGGGAGUCGGCUGGCGAGGGCGAGUUCAUUGUUCUACACGACGGCUGGAGGGACCCCAGUCCCCGGUUUGCCUGCUUACCACCUUCAAGGGGCUGGCGGAGGUGGAGCCGGAGGAGGAGCAGGAGUAGAAAGGUCCAGUCCUGGAGCAUCCAGCUUGCCCACCACUGACAGUCCAACAUCCUACCAGAAUGAGGAUGAGGAGUUUGAGGAAGAGCCCUACGAUGGGAUGACAGAGGAUGCCUACAGCCAUCUCUAUGGACGUUCAGCGAACCCCUAUGGGAUCCAGGACAAGCCAGAGAUGGCAGUGGUGCCCUUGGCCUUGGAGAACCGCAACUGUGUUCUGAUCCGCCGGGACCUGGUGGCGCUGCCUGCGAGCCUCAUCAGCCAGAUAGGCUACCGCUGCCACCCGAAGCUCUACACAGAGGGGGACCCUGGGGAGAAGCUGGAAUUGGUAGCUGGUACACAGGUGUUCAUGACUCGAGGCCAGCUGAUGAACUGUCAUCUAUGUGCUGGUAUCAAACACAAAGUCUUGCUCCGCCGUCUGCUAGCUACCUUCUUUGAUCGAAACACUUUAGCCAAUAGCUGUGGGACAGGUAUCCGUUCUUCUACUAGUGACCCCAGUAGGAAACCCCUAGACAGCAGGGUCCUCAACGCUGUAAAACUCUACUGUCAGAAUUUCAACCCUAACUUCAAGGAGAGUGAAAUGAAUGUGAUUGCUGCCGACAUGUGCACAAACGCGAGACGCGUGCGCAAGCGAUGGUUGCCGAAGAUCAAGUCCAUGCUGCCUGAUGGAAUGGAAGUGUACCGUGCAGGAAUGGGCAUGGGUGCUGCUGUGGGUCUUGGCCUGGCACUGGGUGCUUCUCAACCAGGGGUAUCCCUCCCUUUCGAGCCCGACUUCAAGAACCUAGAGCAAAGGUAUUAUCCAGAUCGUAAGGACCCUCUAAGGACUCACCCACCGCUCACAGAGGGCAGCCCCGGGUCCAGGGCAGCUGGAGCUGAGGCUGAAGGCGAAGGAGUUGCGCAGGAGGAGCAAGAGGAAGAUGAGGAUGAAGCUGGGUUAGAAGGUGUUGAUGCAUCACUUGGGGCACCGACUUUGAUCCCAGGUGCUGAGGCUGGCAAUUGUGGAGACACGCCGCCGGAGCAGGAAGUGGAAAGUUUUGAACAAGGUCUGCGGGUGAAUGGACAGUGAACGUCCCUUGUUGGGAGCUGCCUCACACAUUGUGAAAUCUGUUUUAACACCUUGUUUUCUUUUGCUUGCAUCUCGUCCAGCGCUCUUACUUCUCCUCUGUGCUUCCUCAACAGGAAUCGUCAGCACACAAGAUGCGCUCGUAGAUCUCGCUAACAGAAAUUUGUCACACAUGCAUGCGCACCCGUGUGCUUGUGUACACAUGCAUUUAAUUGAUAGUGGAAGUAGACACAGGCAUGGCGUUAGCACAUCGGGCAAAUCAAUGAUUUCUGCUCCGCCCUCUUCUUCGUAUGUGCUGUAUAUACUCAGUAUUUCAGCUCCUGCAGCAAUAUCACAAAGGCCUGAUACCAGAACAAAUGGCAGCACAGAAGAGCACUUGUUUGCUGGCAGUUCACGGAGUGCGAUAUGAUGGUUUUUAAAAUCAUUCCGUUUUCUGAAAAAAAACCCAUGUAACCUUGGGAGAAACGAAUCUGAGAGACAGCUCUCGUAAUAAGCAAUUAAAGGUCAAGCACUGAAUUAGCACAAUUGAACUAAACAAUUUUCAUUUCCUGUUAAAAAGAGGAAGACAUUUUUAUGAUAAAGACGAGAAAAGAGGGUUUUCUGGGAAAGUUAAAGACUUCUCUGCAAUCGACCUAAUAAUCUAUCACAUGGACUUGUUUUUUCAUGCAUACUUUCCCAUGACACAUUGGAUUAGAUUGUCAAUGUGAUGCCUGUGUCUGCUUCAGACAGCCCUCGCUUACCACACACCAACACACACACACACACACACACACACGUGUGCACACAUUUAAGAUAAUAGCCUUUUAAUAUCUGCACCAAUGCAUUGAAUAAACCAUUCAAAGAAAAUACAAUAACGUAACAAUGCUUUUUAACUUUGAAGAAUCCUUUUCAAUUACCAGUUAUCAUUCUGUCUUGAAGAUACACGGACAAGAACAAGCCCUACAAUCCAAGCUUGCAUGCAUGAAUACAAACAACGGAUACAGAGAAAUUACGGAAAAACAACAACAACGCCACAAACCUGCAUAGAAAUGAAAAACAGCUACUGUUGCCUCGAGAUACCAUCACUACGCAAAAGAACUCCUUUUUUCAUUUCUCACUGGGACGUUUCUCACAGACCACAGUCUGACACAUGUUAGAACUGAUUCAGAUGUUACCUAGAAGUGACUGUGUUUGACACAGUACUGGUUGGAUUCUUUUUCUUUUUUUUUUCUUUUAAGUGCAGAGCGCUCUGUCACCACAGGUAGAGGAGACUGACGUGCACUACACCAAGUGGUAGAAGAAAUAAAACAUGCCAUAGAGAGGCACUGUUUUACCUUGAUGUGGUGCGAUACUACAGCGUCCUGCUUCCGUCCUGUUUUUGUCCCCCAGGGGGGUGGGAGGGAUGUCGGGGGGUAAGUUAUUGAAUAAAACAUAUAAGAGCAAUUUCUGCUGGCUUAUUGCAUUUGCACUCAAAUUGAAAACAAAGGUUAAAGGUUGGAGACAAAGGAGUUUGCCGAAAUAUGACUGUACUAAAGACUGAAUAUUUUUUUCCUCCACAUCAUCCUGAUUAUUUAUUCGAUUUUGGGUAUUGUGGGGGAAAAAAACCAAAUGGUCUUUCUGACAAUGACUGUUUCUAAACAAAAUUUGGGACGGGGAUGUUACAAGGCAAUGUCAAACAGCAACGUAAACCUGUAUUUGUCUUGUCGUAGACAUUUUUCUUUUCUUCUUUAAUAUGUUUUCACGCUUUCUGCCACAUGUAAGGACGCAGUCCGAGCAGCCUUUAUUUCUUGUUUUGUGAAAAGUUUAUUUCUGUUUUCCAAGUUUUCCUGGAGAUUUAAUCACGAGAAAAGACUAUUGAAUCCAGUCAAUGUAUUAACCCCAAAGUAAUUAUAAGCCAAUGCCAUUUUUUUAGGGAAAAAUACAAGGAAUUCUGUGGUUGAAAAAUAUAAUAGGCAGAAAAUACAGAAUAUUUGCCCUCUGCAUAUUUUGGAAACAUCAGUGCUGUGUCACUUCGAAGGUUGGGCCAGAUUAUUCUCUGUCUGUUCUACAAAUCUUUUUAUUAUUUUUUGGGGGGGUGGGUGCUUUAAGAUGGCCCUGCACAAGAAACACAGGGUUAAAAUUGCACUAGGUUAUAAUAGUAAUGACGUUUACAAUUUUUCUUUUUCUUUCUUUUUUUUUGUUGGAAAAAUGUGAUCUGCCAUCGAUAAAACAGGGCUGUGACAGAAUGGCUGAGAUGAUGGAUGAAUGUAAACUGUAGCACUGCUUUGGUGAGGGCUCUGAGCCUUGACUGAAUAUGGUAAAAUACUGAAUCUCUUUUUUAUAUAUCUGUAUGACUCACUGCUUUCCUCAAUUGUAUACUCUCAAACAAAUGGGCCAUAAUAUAAAACUAAUCUGGCUGUUUGGCUGGAUGAUGUUCUAAUCUAAAGCUUUAGUGAUGUUGUGAUUUUUUUUAAGAACUUAUUUGAACAGGUCUUCCACUGUGGCGGACACGGAGCGAGGUUCAAGUACAGGCUUUUAUUACACCACUGUUUAUACUAUCUUUAUCCCAACAGUUGUGUCUCUAAUGUUGAAAUGACACGUGUGUUCGCAAAACUGAAGAUUUCUUAAAAAUUCAGCAAAUUAUUUCUUAUUUUUUAAUUUAUUAAGCGACAGUUCCUAAAGUUGCUCUUGUAAAAAAAACUAAUAAAAGAAUAAAGGCGUUCAGUUGCUUGUUGAAGCCACUACCUUAAUGCACUUGUGAUUAUUUGUCAUUCGAGGUAACAGUCUUCCCCAAAAUGCAUACACAUUUAACUCCAAUAAUUAUUUUAAGUUACAAAAUACAGCAUGCCACCCCUAGUAAAUUAAACCAUAAAUGUUUAACUGUGCAGUUAAAUUGUCAUAUACAUUAAAUCUAUUUUUCUCUCUUUAUAUUUCCCUGCAAUAUAAACCUAUUUGUUUAUCCAAGGCCUGUUUUCAAGCAGGUGCUACUUAAACUACUUAGCUAUUUGAGGCGUUAAACGACAUGCAGUGGGAAACACUGAUAUACUUCACAGUAAUAGUGAUAAAGGGGUGAGGAGCAGUGCCUUAGACUGUGACUGUGUGGGUGUGGAUGUUAUGUUGUGAACGUGUAGGUUCAGAGAGUAACUAGACGAAGGACUGGCAAAGUGCCGCCUUUACUAAAACUAAAUUGGCUUCUUAGAAACUUUGCUUGUAGAAUUAUAUAUGUAACAAUUUAUGUUUUAUUUUGUGACUUCGUGUUUGCGAUCGUGUCGUUAAUUUGGGAGAAAAUGUGCAAGAUCACCAGUUAGAAUAAGUUGAACAGAAUUACGGCACUUGGAUACAUUCAACAGCCAUUCGGAAACAACCAGGACUCACACCAAAAGAAAGGAAAAAUUAAUCUAGCAUAAGAUUCCUAUUGUAGUCACACCCAAGAAAAACAAAUCCCACAUACAUAAGACUUUUUACAUUAUGUCUCCUGAUAUAUUCACAUUUUGAAUAGUUGUUUCCAGUUUGUCCACUGACAAAAACAUUCAUUUCCUUUUUUUUUUAUAUUUUUUAAAUUUUCCUUGUUUCUUUCCUGCUUGGGGUCUUUUUCUUUUUCUUGUGCAGGGUGAAUUUGAACAAGAAUAAAGUUGCACUAAAAAAUAAAUUCUCAGAGAAUGUCAUGGCUAACCCUUGGGAGGAAGAGCUCUAUUGAAAAAGUCCUGAAAAAUGUAUGUAAUGUAUUUUUUGCACAUGUUUCUUUCAUUGAGAGCAGAGUUUUGUUUCUUUAAUUUAGUGACAGAAAUAUGUUACAAUAUCUGCCGUUCACCUGCAUGAUCUGAAAACCACACUAUAAGAUAUGGGAUGGCAUUGUUGAUUGAAAACACCCUAUUUUACACAAAUUUUCUUUGCAAAUAAAUAGUUAAUUACUUUCUAAAACUCUACAUAGUGCUCGCUUCAUCCCCCAUUGUAAAACAAUGUGGGCAUAGUGUUUUUUCUUUCUUUGAAUGGUCGGACUGAAAACAAUACAUUUAUAUGCAAAGAGACACCUGUAUCAUAAAAUGCAUGCCAUUCAGAAAAACUCGUUCUAACCGGAUGAAACCUCUGAUCUUUAUGCACCAUGUAUUUUAUGCUGAAUAACUGUUGUCACUGUUAGCAAACAAAGACUCUUGCGACGAGUAGGGUUUGUAUUUUUACCGCACACCCUUGCCUUUUAUUGAAUGUUUUUGCGUAAAAAAGAUUUAUCACCUCUUGUGAUAACGACGACAAAGUAGUGUUAAAGAGUGGAAUACGUAGAAUAACUACCCAGUUGACUGUGCAUUGAAACCUUCAGCAGACUCAGAAAAUGCACUAAAAGUUUAUACAGUAUGUGUAUGUGUGUGUCCUUGAAUAUAAUGCCAGCACUUUAGAACUACUUAGAAAAAUGAAAGAAAAAGAGGGACAACGUAAAGAGCGACCAAGGGUUCGGUGAACGAGGGGGGAAACGCAACUUUUUAAAGCCAUGUGUUCAGAGCGCUGACAAUCAGAAUAUGGGAUGAGACUCAAAGUGCACUAUGGGAGAUCUGACAUGAGUUGCUGUGCUCUUGCUAUUUGCUUUGUCUUUCUCCAGCUUGCUUUGGUCUCUGCUCGCUUACUCUUUCCCAGAGUCGGGGGACAUUAUGAUGUUAACCCCAGCCUUCUAUACUUAUUACGUGUGUGUCUCUGCAACAAGGACUGACUGAAGUUUGACUGAUACCUUGGUGCUUCGUGAACAGAGCUGUUCCAUGUUGAAAUGGACCAUAUCUGUAAUGCUCUGACGAACGUGGGUCGAACUCAGCCCCAAGUUUGGGCUCAUUGGUAAAUUCUUGGUGGACAACAGUCCAAAUAUGACAAAAAAAGAGGGUCUUAUCAUGCAACCUGACACAUUGAUCAUGGUAAUGUUCUUCAAUAUCAACAGGGCCUGGACCAGGAAAACUGGGAUGGCACAUUUACAGUGUUGACAACUGCUUUAUGUUUAAAAUGACAAAAUGUUGAAAAUGUUUAUGCGCCUUCCGACUCAAGCAUCAAUAAUAUAUACAACAAGAAAAAAUGCAAGUUGCCACUUUUGACGUUGCAUAAGAAUCUACGUUUCAUUCCCAUCAUGGUUGUGUGCCACCACCAGUUUUGGUUGUGUAGUCUAAGAGUACAUGAUUUCUUUAAAUGCAAUACAGAAAAAUCUGCUUUCUAAUAAAAGUCCUUACUUCACCA